AUGCCGAAGCCGCCGCUGCUGCUGCGGGGGAGCCGCCCCGGGGACAGCGAGCUGGGGCGGCAGUUCCGGGACUGGUGCCUGCGCACCUACGGGGACUCGGCCAAAACCAAGACUGUGACCCGGAGCAAGUACCAGCGCAUCGCCGAGGUGCUGCAAGGGGGAUCCGGCUCCGGCGGCGGCUCCGGCGGGGGGGAGAAAGGCAAGUUCCAGUUCUGGGUCCGGUCCAAGGGCUUCCGCCUGGGAAACGGCACCAGGGAGGCGACGAAGAUGGGUCAAGUGGUGGUAUAUGUGCCGGUGAAAACGGGAACGGGGGCAGAUGGACUGUCGGAGCCCGAGGGCAUCUCUCUGAAACGUGUGGCUGUGGUGGAAGAUUUCUUUGACAUCAUAUACUCGAUGCAUGUGGAGAGCUCGUCGGAGCCAGGCAAAGCACCCAAACAUGCCGGGCAGAAGAAAACCUACCGAGCGAUUGCAGAGACCUACGCUUUCCUCCCGAGAGAAGCCGUGACCAGGUUCCUGAUGAGCUGCACCGAGUGCCAGAAGAGGAUGCAUUUCAACUCCAACGGCCUGGAGCCCAAAGAGAGUGAACCACCUUCCUCUUUGGUUUCUGGGAUCAUUGACUACAACAUGCCCCUCACCUCGACCUACCUGAAGCAAAUGAAGCUGCGGGUGAUGAAUUCCCAGGAGCAGGAUGAGACGUCGGUGAGCAGUGAGGACUUUGAUAUGAACGACUCCACAUGGAUCUCAGCUGACCAGCACCUGAACUCCAGCCUGAGCCCCAGCCAGGACGAGAGCAUGCGCAGCCCGCAGAACCUGCACGGCCACGAGGACGAUGACUCCUCGUCAGAGAGCUGCAGCGGGAACGGCUCCUCCACCCUGAACCCCUCCACGUCCAGCAGCACGCAGGGCGACAGCACCUUCCCCGAGAUGAACGGCAAUGGCACCGCAGCGCCCAUGGACUUCACCGCCUCUGCCGACGACCAGCCCAUCAACCUCUGCGACAAGCUCGCGCCCGCACACGUGCCCCCGGCCUUCCAGCCCGACGGCUGCAGCGCCGAUGGGCUGCGCAGCAGGGUCAAGUACGCGGUGAAGAGCACAGCUGAGUCCCCUCCAUACAGCUCCGGCAGCUACGACUCCAUCAAGACGGAGGCCAGCGGCUGCCCCGAGGACCUGACGGUGGGCAGGGCCCCCACGGCCGACGAGGACGACGAUGACCACGACGACCACGAAGACAACGACAAGAUCAACGACUCGGAGGGGAUGGACCCAGAGAGACUAAAGGCCUUCAACAUGUUCGUGCGCCUGUUCGUGGACGAGAACCUGGACAGGAUGGUUCCCAUCUCCAAGCAGCCCAAGGAGAAGAUCCAGGCCAUCAUCGAGUCCUGCAGCCGGCAGUUCCCCGAGUUCCAGGAGCGGGCACGCAAGCGCAUCCGCACCUACCUCAAGUCCUGCCGCCGCAUGAAGAAGAACGGGAUGGAGAUGACCAGGCCCACGCCGCCGCACCUGACCUCGGCCAUGGCUGAGAACAUCCUGGCAGCCGCCUGCGAGAGUGAAACGCGGAAAGCGGCCAAGAGGAUGCGGCUGGAGAUCUACCAGAGCUCCCAGGAUGAACCCAUUGCUCUAGACAAGCAGCACUCCAGAGACUCCACAGCCAUCACCCACUCCUCCUAUUCACUGCCAGCUUCAUCUUACUCCCAAGACCCAGUGUACAUCAAUGGAAGCCUGAACUACAGCUACCGUGGCUACGGGUCGCUGGGGAGUGGGCUGCAGCCACCCGCCUCCCUCCAGACGGGCAACCACAGUAAUGGUCCGACCGACCUCAGCAUGAAAGGCGGCGCCUCCAGCACGGCGCCGUCCAACAGCAGCAGCCGGGGGAUGCAGGCGGCGCAGCUGAGCCCCACGGAGAUCAGCGCCGUGCGGCAGCUCAUCGCCGGCUACCGGGAGUCGGCCGCGUUCCUGCUGCGCUCCGCAGACGAACUGGAAAACCUCAUCCUGCAGCAGAACUGACGCCGCCAGCGGCCUCUGCCCGCGGCACCCUUCGGACCUGCCGGGAACAGGCUCCCGGCGCUGCCCUGCCCAGCGGCCUCCCGGCGAGCGGCGGCCGCGGGGAGCUUCGGAAGCCGGGAGCCCAGAGACCUGUUUUGUUUUCCACCCCGAGCAGCUGGGAGCUGAGGCGAUGGACACGCUCUGCAGCGGGAGCCAGGCCCGCGGCUCGGAAGGACGGGGGUGGGGUUUGCAAGGGCAGAAGGGAGCCUGGGGAGGUUUGGGGCUGCAGAUGUAUUUAGAAUAACCUUUGUGGACCCAACUGUUAGAUUCCCGCCCCCAGCUAAUUUCCAGGUCUUAGGUGAAUCACGUAUUUAUUGAGCAAUGGACCCUCCUCUCCCCUUAGUAAUUUAUUUUUCUGGAAAUGGAUUCGUUUGAGUUUGUACAGAUGCCAGUGCUGUGUGUGUCUGACCCGAGGGGAUCCCUCCUGUGAAGUAACACAUUCCAUAUCACUACACUGCUAGCGGCCGGGCGGCUCUGGGGAGCCCUUGUCCCACAGGGAGCGAGUUUGUCACCCAGCCCUGGACUCGGAGGCUGCCCGGCCCUGGGCGAGCGCAGCUGAAGAGCGGAGCGAGGGGCCAAUCCUGCGCAGCCCCGGUGCUGAGCAGAGACCCGGCGGAGCCUGCGGGCAGGAGGACGACUGGCGCUCGUCUGAGUCACGGCGAAGAGCGGCAAGGAAGGAGAGGAGCCCGAGAAACAUGUGUGUGGUGGCCAGCGUCCGUUCUCUACCUCACACUCCACUGUGGGCUCGGGCCGGGGCUGGGGCCGGUGAGUGUUGCCGCGCGGGACCCUGGCCCCAGCUCGCUGAGCCCGGCUGCUGCAGCCCCCCGGCAGCCGGGCAGGGGGUGGCUCCGGCCCCCAGCCGGGCGGCCAUCGGCAGCAGAACUGACACCGUCCCCUCCGGGACCCCCCCGUCCCCCAGCUCACAGCCCCGGAACGAGCCCGCAACCCCCCCAGUGUGGAAGAGCCCGAAGCCCACCCUGCCCUUUAGCACCCCCAUCCCCACGAAUGCACUUCGUUUUGCUCAGUGCAAUACCUACUGCCAGUGCUGCUAAACCCCAGUGCUGAGCCCAGCACAGCAACGUGUGGGGGGCCACGCUGGGGACCCCCCUCCCUCCUCCUCCCACUGCCUGGCCGGGGCAGGAGCCCUGGCUGCCCGAGAGGUCCCAUCAGUCACCCCACAGUGCUCUGUCCUAGGUGGAUGGUUUCUCUCUGCAGCCUCUCUCUGCUUUGGCUGCUCCGGGCUGGUGACGGGGGGCUGCUGCUCCCUGGGGUUUGAGCUGGGGCCGGAGCGGAGCCGGGCGGGGGCUCGGGAGCCUUGAUCCCAAUCACAGUCCCCAGACACUGGAAGAGAAGCAGAACCUCUGCCCUGCUCUCAGCCUGAGGACAGGCCCAGCAGCAGAAAGGACUCACCCUUGCAUUGACUGUUUGUCCCCAAACCUGAAACUCCCCAUAGCAUUUGGAGAAAAGGGACCCAGCCGGGGGCACAGCCGGGGGGUCUGUGCAGAGAUGAGCUGGGAGGCGAUGCUGGAACCGGGAGCACCGUGUCCAUCCCUGCCCCUUGCCUGGGCUGUUCCCUCUCCCCACUCAUCCCCCUGCCCUGGGGAGGGGGUGAGGGCCACCCCAGGCCAGCAGCCCCCACGGCAGCCGGCUCUCCCCCGCCGCUGGGUUUGGCCUCUCGCCGCAUCCUCCCGUCCCUGCAGUCUAUGUAAAUAUUUAUUUUUGUGUGGAUACCACGAAGUAACAAACCUCUGACAACAAAAACACGUAUCUGCAGCCAUGUGUGAGAGUCUUAACGUUAAGGAAGGAGAGGCAGAGACAAUCGCUGGCCCGGAACCCUCCCUCGGCCCCGGCCCCGGCAGCGCGGCCACGGGGUUGCCAGGCGGGUCGCCGGCGCAGAGGUUCCCUGGGGCUCCUGGACAGGUCGCCGGCAGCUGCCUUUGCCUGGGGUUUAAUUUAUACGAGUUUCUAUCUGUCCUUAGCAGAUCACCUUUGAACUUUCAGCGUCUCGGCACGUCCCGAAGUCGAGCGGCUCCUUGUCAAAGGGCGGCCGGGGCCGGCGGAGGUCGGGGCUGCAGGGGGAGCUGGGCAAAGCCUCCCCCGCCCCAGCACCCGUGCGCCCACCUCCAGCUGAAUGGCACAGACUCAGACUCCCAGAGCCCUGGGGACAGCCUGGUGACAAGUUACGAAGCAAACGGGGUUGGCUCCGAGUUUCUGUCAGGGAUCUUUGCAUUUCUUUCUUUCUUUCUGUUGCGUUUCCCCCGAGCCGCGCUGUGACUGUGACGGUUCCUUCUCUGGCACCUCCUCUCCAGCUGAUCCGUGCUCGGCCCGUCCGUGCUCUGGGACCCUUUGGCAGCCGCAUUCCUUUGCUGCCCGGGCAAGGACGGGGUCAGGAACCACCAUUCCAGGGGCUCACCCAGGAGGAAGGAGCAAGGAGCAGAACACGGCAGCCCUCGGGACGCUCCGAGGGGAGGUGGGAGGACGCUGGGUUAGCAAACGGUCUGGAUGCUCUGGUUUGGUUUUAAGGAAAAAGCUGAUCACUGGUCGAGAAGAAUAGAUUUAUUUUUAAUUUAAUGUUAUUGUAUUCUGAACUCCAGCCCUUGCCCUGCCCUGCCCUGGCUGUGCAGCCCCGGGACUGUGCAGCCCCCAGGACGGCGUCUCCCCUCCCCACGGGCCGCUGUUUAGUACCAGUUCCAUGGGGGGGUAUCAAUGCUGCUUUGAACUCAGAGGGUUAAAUAGACUUUUGAUUUGUAAUUUUUUGUAAAACUUUUUACAAGGUAGCAUAGAAACUUCAGCAGAAACCGACCACAAUCCGUCCAUGGUCUGAUUUUUAUAUGAUUUAGUGGUGCUUUAGGAACUUUCGUUGGGUUGUCUGGGAGCUGCAGAGCUCGGUUCUUCGCCUGUAUCUACCUAAGACCAAUGUGAACCUUUGUAUUUUUUGCUCCUGAUUUUGGACUCAGUGGAAGUGUACUGUUUACAUGUACAGAACUCCCGGCCCCUGUGUGUUCUGCCAGACCCGCUGUUGACGAGGAAGAUGCGUCUCACCCCCUUCAUCUGCUUGAGCCAGCCACAGCCUCCCCCUCCUGCUGACACCCACCCCGGGGCAGAGCCCACCGAGCCCAGAUCCCACUGAGCCCAGACCCCACUGAGCAAGCCCGGACCCCACCGAGCCCAGACCCCACUGAGCCCAGACCCCACCGAGCCCAGACCCCACUGAGCCCAGACCCCCUCCAGGCAAUUCGGAGUUUUGCACAAAUCAGUCGAUUUUCCUUCCUUUCCUUUUUUCUGCCCCAGUAGCCGACAUUGGGAUUGGCCUCGACUCACCCCCCAGCUCAGACAGUGAACCGUGUGGGGCUGCAGCUUCCCCAGCCUCCUCUUCCUCUUCCUCUUCCUCCUCCCAGAGGGUGAAGCUGCUGAGUUCAUUGUGGGGGAGCAGCACCCGGGCUGGGGGGGACCCGGCCGCAGGCAGAGGUGGGAGCUCCUGGGAGCUGGUUGCCUCGGGAGGAGGCUCUUGGGGAAGUGGGGCCUUUCCCGAGGGCUCAGACCAAGCUCAUGGCACUUAAUCCAGCUUCUGAGGUGACACUUUAUUGCUUAAUCGAUUGAUUUGAAAUCGUUUGAAAGGAUCUUUCUGCAGAUAGGCACCUAUGCAACUUCACGUGGCUCUCAAGCAGAUGAGCGCUUCCUCCUCAACGAGCUUGAUAAGAGUUAUUUGUGUUAUAUACUGUGGAUUUUUCCAGUAAAUGUGGCUUAAUAUUUUAA